GGCUUCUUUGGCUAGGUGGUCUAGGACAUCUAGGUUAUGUCUGUUUGACACGAUCAUUCAUUUUAUAGGUUAUGAAAACAUAGAAGGCGUUUCAGACAUAUAACUCUGAUUUGUCACUUAGUUAUUAUGGCUAGCCCAAUGGCAGCGGUGUGCAAUAUUCUUGGACUUGAUAGGGUAAACAUGGAUGGUAAAAUGAUCUUAAUUGAAGAGCAACAUGGUACCAACGCAAAUUUCUUGGUGAAUGCCAUUUUAUCAGAUGCAUUAAAAAGGAUGGAUGCUGCUGUUUGCCUCGUUCUUUGUCAUAAUACUUUUGGUCACUAUCAUAACAUUGGCAUGAGACUUGGCUACAAUCUUUUUAAUCUAAAAGAAAAGGGUCAGGUUACUGUUGUUGAGCCAAUGAAAAUUAUAGCCAGCAAUAUCACUGAUAUGUGCAAGGAUUUUACAAAUAGAACGGAAACAAUAAUUCCAGAUGUCAUUUCUACAGAACAUGUAGAUAUAGCACAUAAAUUGUUUGCAUGCGUUAAAGAGAAGCAUGACGAAGCAACAAGAUUUGCUAAAUCUGUUAUCCUUAUUAUCGACGAUAUAAACCAUCUCCUUGAUCUUGGUCUUAGUGUACGUGAUACUAUGUAUUUUAUGAGAUACUUAAGAUCGUUUAUAUCUUUGUAUCCAUUAUCGCAACUUUGUAUUUUUACACACGUAUAUCAGGAAAAUCUGCAAACUUCGAAUGCAGAUAUAGUUGCUAACGCCUUAAAACAUAUGGCACAUCUUUGUGUUACAACACAACCAUUUAAGACAGGACACUCCAGCGAUGCAUCCGGUAAACUAAUUGUUCAUUGGAAGACAAAUUCCAUUAGGUCUAAAUAUCAUUGGGUGGAGAAAACAGUACAUCUGUUUAAAUUGUCGGAUUGGCAAAUAAAGAUUUGUGCACCUGGUACAAUAUUUGGUCUAUGAUAAUUAUAACUUUACGUUGUCAUAUUCAGUUUUUUUAUAAUCGUUUUUUAUGUAAUUCCUGAUGUAUUUGUAU